UCUCCACCCCACGCACCACACUCACAUCUUCAUACAUACACGCACGCACACACACGCUCACAAAACCACACAUACACACACACACACACACACACUGAAACCGAAGCAGACCUGGAGAACCGGGGCUGCUUCAAUUAGUGCUCAGUGACGGAUCCCCGGCAUGGCCAUUCUUCAUUUCUCCAUCCCUGUCUUUGGAUUUGUCUUAUGUGGAUUCUCUUUUUGCGCAUAGUCUCCUCCGGCCGCUGCUGCUGCUGAGGUGCACUGCUUUGGAACAUUUCAAAAGGUGAAGAUAUAAACGUGUGGUGAAUGGGAAACACCAACACCGGAACAUCGCUACCUUUCUCCCAUCUUGACAAAUACACUCACCCUUCCGUUGGGGAGAUUUGCUGCGCACCCGAAACCGGAGCCGGUGUGUGCGCUCUGCGGGGCCGGGCGCGCGUCGUCUGGGAGGAGUAGGGAGGAUGGAAGCGUUUUUUACAGAGGGGGCCCGGGUGUGGGUCAAAGAGAAGGAGCAGUUUGUUCCUGCUACUGUCAACUCCUGUGGAGAUGGAACCCUCGUUCUCACAACUGACUAUGGAGAGGUGUUGUACCUGCAGCAGGCUGAGGUCACCAGGGAGCGGGUGUACGCGAUGCACCAGUCCAGCAUCGAUGGGGUCGAGGACAUGUCGACACUGGCUGAGCUGCAUGAGGCUGCCAUCAUGCACAACCUGUACCAGCGCUACCAGAAGGACAACAUCUAUACAAACAUCGGCAGCAUCUUGGCAGCUGUUAACCCCUACAAACAGAUCCCAGGUCUGUAUGAUCCGGAGAGGGUGGACCUGUACUCCAAACAUCACUUGGGGGAGCUGCCGCCUCAUAUCUUUGCCGUGGCCAACGAAUGCUACCGCUGCAUCUGGAAACGCCACGACAGCCAGUGUGUCCUCAUCAGUGGUGAGUCCGGGGCUGGUAAGACGGAAAGCACUAAACUGUUGCUUCAGUUCCUGUCGGUGAUGAGCCAGAACUCAGCCGGGACGCCUCCCUCUGAGAAAACCACCCGAGUGGAGCAGGCCAUCGUACAGAGCAGCCCCAUCAUGGAAGCGUUCGGAAAUGCUAAAACUGUUUACAACAACAACUCCAGUCGAUUUGGAAAGUUCAUCCAGCUUCACUUCUCGGAAAGCGGCAACAUCCAGGGAGGCUGCGUCAUCGACUAUUUACUGGAAAAGAACCGCGUUGUACGACAAAAUCCUGGAGAACGAAACUACCACAUCUUCUACGCUCUGUUGGCAGGAGCCACUAAAGAGCAUAAGAGCCAGUAUUUCCUGGAGGAUCCAGCUGAAUCGUUCCACUACCUCAGUCAGGCAGGAUGUCUGAAGGACAAGAGCCUGAAUGACAAAGAGCUGUUCAACAGUGUCAUGGAAGCCCUGAAGGUGUUAGAGUUCACAGAGGAGGAGAUCAGAGACAUGUUCAAGCUGCUCUCAGGAGUUUUACAGCUGGGUAACAUCGAGUUCAUGACCGCAGGAGGAGCCCAGAUCACCACCAAGCAAGUGGUGACGAAUGCCAGCGAGCUGCUGGGUCUGGACGCCUUCCAGCUGUCUGAAGUCCUGACUCAGCGCUCCAUUAUCCUCAGAGGAGAAGAAAUCUGCUCUCCUCUUACUAUAGAGCAGGCUGUGGAUUCCCGGGACUCCGUUGCCAUGGCGUUAUACUCCCAGUGUUUCUCCUGGAUCAUCCUCAAGAUCAAUCAGAAGAUCAAGGGGAAGGAGAACUUCAAGUCCAUCGGCAUCCUCGAUAUCUUUGGCUUCGAGAACUUCGAGGUUAAUCGGUUUGAGCAGUUUAACAUAAACUAUGCCAACGAGAAACUCCAGGAGUACUUCAACAAACAUAUCUUCUCUCUGGAGCAGCUGGAGUACAACAGGGAGGGGGUCCAGUGGGACGCCAUAGACUGGAUGGACAAUGCAGAGUGUCUGGACCUGAUAGAGAAGAAACUGGGAUUGUUGGCACUGGUGAAUGAAGAGAGUCGUUUUCCCAAAGGAACAGACUUCACCCUGCUGGAGAAGUUACACAGUAGACACUCAACAAACCCUUACUAUGUCAAACCCAGACUUGCUGACCAUCAGUUUGGCAUCAAACAUUAUGCCGGAGAGGUCCUCUACGAUGUUAAAGGGAUUCUGGAGAAGAAUAGAGACACUUUCAGAGACGACAUCCUGAACAUGCUUAAAGACAGCAGACUGGACUUCAUCUAUGACUUGUUUGAGAAAGUUGGCAGCAGGAACAAUGAGGAGAAGAUGGGAACAGCGAGACGUAAACCUACUGUGAGCUCCCAGUUCAGGGACUCCCUCCAUGCUCUCAUGGCCACAUUGAGUGUAUCUAAUCCAUUUUUCAUUCGCUGCAUUAAACCCAAUAUGGAAAAGAAUCCAAAUGUGUUCGAUCCGGAGGUGGUUCUGAACCAGCUCAGGUACUCUGGCAUGUUGGAAACAGUAAAGAUCCGCCGGGCCGGCUUUCCUGUCCGCAGAACUUUUAAAGAUUUCUUUUCUCGGUAUAAAAUUAUACUAAAAGAGAAAGAGAAAGUGCCAUCAGCAGGAGAUGAUAAGAAGAGGAGUACAGACCUUCUAUUUAAAUAUGACAAGACCAAGAAAGAAUGGCAGCUGGGGAAGACUAAGGUGUUCAUGAAAGAGUGUCUGGAGCAGCGUCUGGAGAAAGACAGGGAUGAAGUCAGACGUCAAGCUGCCAUGAUAAUCCGAGCUCACCUGCUCACUUUCUCUGCCAAGAAGCACUUUAAGCGCGUACGUGCCAGUGUUGUCACCAUCCAGAAACACCUCCGGAAACACAUCCUCCACAAGCAGUUUGUGAAGAAGCGCAAGGCAGUGUUGGUUCUGCAGAAACACAGACGAGGUCAAGUGGCACGAACACGGGUCCGAAAACUCAGACAGGAGAAGAAGAAGAAGGAGGAAGAAGAGAAGAAGAAAGAGGAAGAAGAGAAGAAGACUCUUGGUGAAGGAGCUACAGGGGAAGCGACAGGAGAAGCAGAAGAGGGAGACAAAAAGGAUGAAGCCCGACAGAUGGAGGAGAUCCUGCAGUUGGAGAGAGAGAUUGAACGCUUACAGAAGAAGAGAGAAGACGAGGUAUCUCAGCUGUGUGAGUCUUCCAAACAGGAGCUGCAGCUGCGCAGAGACGCUGAACUCAAACGGAUGAAGAAGGAGGCCUCACGCAAAGCCACGGAGCUAAUUGACCUCCUCAACUUUGGAGGCGUGGAUCCUGCGCUGGCGGCGGUUGGAGCCAAGACCUCAGCUGAAGCCAAACCUCCAAAGGCUGUGACUGCAGCCAAAGGUACAUCCAAAGAUGAGGAGGUAGAUGAAGGCUUCCACGCAGAGGAGGAGUGCAUCCCCCUGCCUGACUUCCCCCCUCCUGCUGAGACGGAUGCUCCUAUGGAUCAGGACAUGCUCGUGCAGCUCCCCCCUCCUCCGCCUGCUUUUGCAGAGGGAACAGUGCCUCCUGCACCUCCUCCUCCCCCUCCUUUGCCUGUAGACGGCGUCGCAGGCCUGCCUCCUCCUCCUCCUCUACCUCCACCCGGUGAUGGCUCUGCUGUCCCUCCACCUCCUCCACUUCCCCCUCUCCUCCCAGAGGCGGAGAAAAAGGAAGGAGCCAAGGCCGAGACGGAGAGGAAGGUGAGCAUGGUGGAGAGCCUGGUGGAUGGGGAUGAGCCCAUCUACAGUAUGCCCGCUGACACAGAGUCAGACUAUGACCAGGAGGAGGAGGAGGGCUCGGUCAACGCUGGAGAUGACAGCUCAGUGUCAGGAAGCAACCGUGGGAGCGCCGCCGUGACGGAUGAGGAACACCCGAGGAAGUCGACCUGCACCAAUGCCAGUAUCGAGUCCUACAGAGGCAGCUCUGACUCUGUGAGGACACACACUUACACGCAUCCUCACACGCGUGCACGCAGAUAUUAUGCAGACAGUGAUGAUGAGCAUGAUGGCAUGAUGGACACUGAUGAGGAAGUGACGAACGGCAGGGUGACCUUGCUUAAUGGAAACGGACCACCAUAUUUCCAUGGUUACCUCUACAUGAAAGCUGGUCUUAUGAUCCCAUGGAGGAGGCGGUGGUGUGUCUUAAAGGAUGAGACCUUCAUGUGGUUUCGGUCUAAACAAGAAUCUCUCAAGUCUGGUUGGCUGUACAAGAAGGGAGGAGGACUGUCCACUCUGUCCCGCAGGUUAAACUGGAAGAUGCGCUGGUUUGUGCUGAGGGACAGCAAACUGAUGUAUUAUGACAACGACAGUGAAGAGAAACUGAAGGGGACCAUCGACAUCCGCGCUGCCAAGGAGAUUGUGGAUAAUCAUGAAAAGGAGAACGCUCUAAACAUUGUGACAGAUGAGAGGACAUAUCAGGUGUUUGCAGAAUCACCAGAGGAUGCCAGUGGGUGGUUUAAUGUGCUCAGUAAAGUGCGUGUGUGCACUCCUGAUCAGCUGCUGGAGAUGUCCCAUGAACAGGCCAACCCAAAGAACGCUGUGGGAACUCUUGAUGUGGGGCUGAUUGACUCUGUGUGUGCAUCUGACAACCCUGAUCGGCCCAACUCUUUUGUCAUCAUCACGGCCAAUCGUGUGAUCCACUGCAACAGUGACACACCUGAGGAGAUGCACCAUUGGAUCAGUUUGCUGCAAAAACCCAAAGGAGACGCCAGGAUAGACGGACAGGAAUUCCUUGUCAGAGGCUGGCUUCAAAAGGAGAUGAAGACAAACGCUAAGAGCACCUCCCUGAAGCUGAAGAAGCGCUGGUUUGUGUUGACCCACAGUUCUCUGGAUUACUACAAGAGCUCAGAGCGUAACUCCUCCAAGAUGGGAACUCUGGUCUUGAACUCCCUCUGCUCCAUCAUUCAGCCGGAUGAACGAGUGCACAGGGAGACAGGCUACUGGAACAUCAUAGUAUAUGGGAGGAAGCAUUCCUACCGCCUUUACACAAAGAUGCUGAACGAGGCCAUGAGGUGGACGGCUGCGAUACAGGGCGUCAUCGACAGUAAAACACCUAUAGAGACUCCAACUCUGCAGCUCAUCAGAGAUAUCAAGGAGAACAGUGUGAACCCAGACAUAGUGGAGCAAAUGUACAGGAGGAACCCUAUCCUCAGAUAUACCCAGCAUCCUCUGCACUCCCCUCUACUGCCGCUCCCCUAUGGAGAGGUCACCAGCCUCCAAAGGCAGCAGGGUUAUGCCAGUCUGCAGGAUGAGGCAGUGAGAGUGUUCAACUCACUGCAGGAGAUGGAGACGCUGGCAGACACUGUGCCCAUCAUUCAGGGCAUCCUGCAGACCUGCCAGGACCUGCGCCCUCUCAGGGAUGAGGUGUAUUGUCAGGUGAUCAAGCAGACCAAUCAUGUGCCUCAGCCUAACAGCCCAGCCAAUCGAGCUCACUGGCACCUACUCACCUGCAUGAGCUGCACCUUCCUACCCAGUCGAGCCAUUCUCAGAUACCUCCGCUUCCACCUCAAGAGGGUACGAGAGCGUUAUCCUGGUACGGAGAUCGAGCGUUAUGCCAGUUUCAUCGGGGAAUCCUUAAAAAAGACCAAGACUCGUGAGUUUGUUCCGUCACAGGAGGAGAUCGCCGCCCUGUUGGUGAGACAAGAGAUGAGCACCACUGUCUACUGCCAUGGUGGAGGCUCCUGCAAGAUAUCCAUCAAUUCACACACCACAGCUGGAGAGGUUGUGGAGAAGCUGAUCAGAGGUCUGGCCAUGGAGGACAGCAAGAACCUGUUCUCUCUGUUUGAACACAAUUCCUUCACAGAUAGGGCGCUGGAGAGCAGGGUGAUAGUAGCAGAUGUCCUGGCCAAAUUUGAGAGACUGGCAGGUAGUGAAGAAGAGGAGGAGGAAGGCGAGUGGAAACUCUACUUCAAGCUCUACUGCUUCCUGGAUGUAGAAAGCAUGCCCAAAGAAGGAGUAGAAUUUGCCUUCAUGUUUGAACAGGCACAUGAAUCCCUCAUAAGCGGUCACUUCCCAGCCUCAGAGGAGACUUUGCAGCACCUUGCCGCAUUUCGUCUCCAGUAUCUCCAUGGUGACGGUGCGGGUCGGGCCGGGUGGAGCCUGGGAAGCGUUUAUCCGAUCGGCCGCCUCCGAAAUCGCAUUCUGCACUCCACCAAGCCGGGAGUGGGGGCUGUGGGAGGAGCUGGAGGGGGAGGAGGAGCGGGAGCAGGAGAUGGGAAGGGCACAGCAGGAGGCCAGGGAGGUGUCAGUGUCGGGGCUGAGAAGAGAAAGACCCCCAGCUUCCUGGACGGCACCCUGAGGAGAAGCUUCAAAACGGGUUCACUGAAGAAACAGAAGGUGGAGGAGGAGCAGAUGCUGGAGAUGUGGGUGAAGGAGGAGACGUCGGCCACACGGACCAGCGUUCUGGAGAAGUGGACCCGGCUGCAGGGCAUGCCUCAGCACCAGGCCAUGCUUAAAUACAUGAGCAUCAUUAAAGAGUGGCCUGGAUAUGGAUCUACUCUGUUUGACGUAGAGUGUAAAGAGGGUGGCUUCCCUCAUGACCUGUGGCUCGGUGUGAGUGCAGAUAACGUGUCUGUGUAUAAACGAGGUGAACCCAAGCCUCUGGAGACCUUCCAGUACGAACACAUCACCUUCUUUGGGGCAUCACAGCCCUGCACCUACAAGAUCAUUGUAGAUGAGAGGGAGAUGUUCUUCGAGACUCCACAGGUUGGAGAAAUCACCAAGAUCAUGAGAGCUUACAUUAACAUGAUGGUGAAGAAGCGUUGCAGCAUCAUGUCCGUGACCAGCGUGGCCAGUUCGUGGGUCAGGUGAUCACCACACACCAGUCAGAGCCCUUCCCUUGGUUCAUCCAGUGGCACCAGCUGCCUCACGCCCCCUGUUGUAUCGGCUGGUUGGUGUUGAUGGAGGCAGUUGCACCGACCAGCUAAUCCUCAAGGUUGAAUCAAGUGUGGCGGUCAAUAAAAGAAGGAAGAUAGAGGUGGAAACAGAAGCCAAACUACUGGCGUGGGAUAGGGACUGAUUAUUUAAAAACAAGCAUGGGAAAAGAAUCAACCUGUAUUUUGGGAUGGCUCUGAAAUUCAUAACCCCAGUUGUAGUCCUGCAUGUAGAUGUUCAAGCACACUUCAAACUUCUCUCCGUUUUCCUUUCUGGACAAACUGUAAUAACAAGCACAAUGUACCACUGCGCUGCCCAGUCCCACUCUGUCCCGGUCUGUCCUGGGUGGCUCCCUUUCCCACAGUGCACUGCCAGACUAGAGGAAAGCCACGACUUCUCAGUUCAGUUUCCUUUUGCCUCUUUCUCUCUUUCUUUUUCACUCUUCCAAUUUCAGAGUCUCUCUCUUUCUCUUAUGUGCAUUUGUCCUCACUCUUGUUGCAUCAUGUUUCAUGCUAUCGGUAUUACGUUAAAAUACUUAAUUAUUGCUUGCUUUCUCUCUGUUACCGUCUCUAUUCCUGUCUUCUUUUCUGUGACAUCUGCUUAUAUCAAUAUGUUGUGACUGAGAAAAAGGACUCGUUUCUUCUUUGGGGCUACUAAAGGGCAAAUCAUCUCCUUUGUAAGUACCUUAUGUGUCCACUUGCUCACACGUCAGUGCCACCGUGUGGCCGCAAGAAGAAAACACAGCCAAAGGAAGUGGCUUUGAAUAUUUCUGAACAAUAUCAUAGCUAUCCCUGAGAAGGAAAAGUGGCGUAAAGAAUCAGUGCAUGGGUAUCAAUCUCUUGCAGCUCUACAAGGAAAACAAGCUUAAGAGUGACUGUGAACAAUAUCAAAAAUUAUGAGAUGUUUCCCUAUUUACAGUAUGUCUACAUAUUACUAAUACACACUGCAUAAUUCUAGUGUAUAUUCACAUACAUGUACACAUAAACUGAAACAACAUGUAAUGUUUUGUACUGUAUAUCACACAUUAUAAGAGUUAUAAUUGAAUUUAGGUGCACUGUACAGUAUAAAAAUGCCAUAUUAAAUGCAAUGUGACACCUUCUUGUGUAAAAUACAUGCAAAUGAAUGGUGUUACUUCCCACUGUAUGUCUGAAAAUGAUGACAAUGUGUACAUCAUUCACUGGCCGUGCCAUUAAUGUGACUCACAGAGACAUAAGCAGUUAGUAACACACAAAUGAUUACGAGGCAGACUGCUGUGGUUGUCAUGUUUUCACAGUGUUUUGAUGGAUUUAUCAUUGUUGCUGAAGUCACUCAACAGGAGCCAUAAAAUACUGUAUGCUGUCUACUCAUGCUAUUCAGAUUUUAUUUAAUUACUGAUGAGAUCAGUGACUCAAAAGCCAAGAGCUCCAGUUUGUCUGUGUUUCAAAACUGUUCAUGAACAUGUGGUUUUUAUUGCUGAUAUUAUUAUUCUUAUUGUAUGGCCCCUGCUAUCUAACACCCUCAAGUGUUGUGUCUGGAAUGCUGCUGUGUGUGAGUGUAUUAAUGGUGUAAUCCAAACUGUGGGAAAAGAAAAAGGAAAUGAAAAAGAGAAGUACUUUUACUGAGUGUAUUCCUUGGAAAUAAGAUGUAUUUACUUGACUAACCUUUGCAAAGAAUGAUGUUGUGGUUGUGAGUUUAAUGGAAAAG